AUGACCAACGCCCUCUACGGAGAGUCCCUCCUGGUCACAAACACAACACCAUGCGCAGAGAAUGACCAUGUUGUGGUGUGUCACUCAGGACAGCUUCCGCGCCACCAUACAGCUGGCGCUCGGCACCGGCCUGUUCGACAGGGGCGGCAUGAUGGUCUACCUCGAGGACGACACUGGGCUUGUUGAUGGCUUCAGGCGAGAGCUGCUGAGGACUGUGAGGGACCUGCCUGACUCAUGGGAGGUGAGAGGCUCUGUUGCUUUGCACAUUCAUGCCUCACUUCUCCUUCUCAUGAAGGUGCUGCACCUCUGUCCGGGAUUCCUAUGGGGCCACCGCAUCAAGACCGGCAAGACCGUGCGGCUCUACGACCCCUGCUUUGCCUUUAAAGGACGGCUCGACCCGAACCCACCAGCGGGGGUGCGCAAAUACAUCCUUUCGCAGGCGAAGCGCACGCCCAAUGGCCGCGCAUUCAGCCCCAGAUGGCCCUGCCCGCCGAAGAAGGGCUGUCCCAAGAAAACUGUCAACUGGCCGGGGGCACCGACGGCCAUGGUGGUGCGGAAUGCCCGCGCAGCGCGGCGGCUGCUGCAUCAGUGCGACAAGGAGCGGCGGCUGGCUGAGAGGCGGCCGAUAGACGUCUUCCUGCAGGCUCAUAUAGUGGCAGGAAGGGUGCUGGCGGCGGCGGAGCCCCAGCUGUGCUACCAUCGGUAUACGGGGGGCUCGGUGAGGGGAGAACACUCAUACUGACUGACUGAAUGACUCACUCCAUAGCUCAUCUGCUGCUGUGUCUGCCGUACGCUGGCGUCGUGGUGGCGUGUGUGUGGCGUGUUGUGCAGUGGGUGGCGUGAGUGGGUCGCCGCGAUGGAUGGAUAGAUGG